GGGAAACUCAAUAUCUUAUGAAGGGAACAUUCUUUUGAACUGAAAUUUGCAGAACAUUCUAGUUACAAGUAGGCCUACUUGUGGGUCGAAAUAUCGUGAAAUAUCGCGAAAUAUCGUGAUUAGUGUUUUUGGUAGAUACCAUGCAAUAGGCUAAAAUUCCAGUAUAAUGACUGUAACUCUGGAGAGAAAGCCCAUCAGCGCAUAGCCUUUCGGAGUUUUUUAUACCUCACCGGGGUCUAUCUAAUACCCAUGCUCCGAACUUGAAAGCGGCUUGACAGUACAAACCGUUCCAUUAUCGGGUUUAAACAUUAGGUCCGUAUCAGUAAAAAAGAAAUAUCCUUAUAAAGAAAGAAUUUAUUGCUAGAUAACAAGCCAGAAUCUUAAUAGCGUUAAUAAUAACGCUAAAUACUUUGUGCGACAUCACGCUGGAUUAUUUCAACAAUAAAGGAAUGACGAUUACUCGUUCAAGUGAAUUAAUAAAGUAAUAGAUAUACAAGCGCGAUAUGGACAGUUUCAGUCAAAUCUGUAAGGUGCUAGCAAAAAUAAUUUUUUACUUCGACACAAUAUGCCUUAUAAUAUGCCUUGCUUUUUAUCUUCACUCAUUCUAUCGUUUUUUUAUGAAAUUAUCGUAUAGUUCGAUUAAACGCGUAUUAUGAUACUAAGAAUUCGACGUAGAAUGCCUUCAUCCAUCUAAACCCGAACUCGAAAUUCAAAACGUUUUAGGAGUGGGCUGCCUUAUAGAGAAAAUCAGCUAAACUACAUAUGGUCUCUCAUUCAAGAACAAACCUUACCAGUACCACAUUUCCUUUUUUGACAUGUCAAAAAUCAUCCACUAAGAACUAAGCAGAUGUUAAAACAGAAGGUUCGUAUCCGCGCGUCAAUAUAGGCGACGGUCUGUAUGAGAACCGCUAAAAGCAGUAAUUUUCUUAUGAACUUUUGCACUACUUUUAUUUCACACAUAACUGUAUGAGAGUUUGACAAAAAAACUUGCUGAAGCAACAGAGAUGAGGUCGAAUAAGCAUCAAAAACAAGAACAUUCUAUUCUCGGACUGUUUUAUUGAUUUUGAUACGCUAGUACAUUAAGAGAAAUGAGAGCAUCGGAACUCGGUACCAGUGAUUUGCAAGUUUAGUCUCGUUGAAUGAUUUUUACCAAUGUGUUUUGCAUCUUGUAGAUUAUGUCUGAAAAACGCGAACUGUAUCCGCCUGUUGAACCGUAUCAAAGUGGAUAUAUAAACGUAGAUGAAGACAAGCACUCUUUAUACUAUGAACAGGUGAGUACAAUAUAAGAUCUAGUCGAACAGUAUCUGGGCUGAUGAAGAGCAUCAGCAUCGUUUAUCCUCUUCUAUCAAUUUCUGUUCUACAUUGACGCGAAAUAGCUCUGUUCUCAAGUCAAUAACAUUUGAGCGUCUGAAUAGAUCCAACACUAUACUGCUGUAUAUGUCUAGCGUUUUUUAUUAGAUCGGAAAUCCAAAUGGUUUACCAGUCGUCUUUCUUCACGGUGGUCCAGGUUCGUCCUUGAAGCCAUCGUAUCGUCAGUUAUUUGAUCCUAAUGUUUAUCGUGUGGUUUUGUUUAAUCAAAGAGGCGCAGGAAAGUCGAAACCAGGCGGAAGUCUUAUUAACAACACAACAUGGCAUUUAGUAGAUGAUAUAGAACAUAUAAGAGAAAUCUUGAAUAUCGAUAAAUGGGGGGUUGUCGGUGGUUCAUGGGGUUCAACUCUCGCUUUAGCUUACGCUGAAAAAUAUCCCGACAAAGUUCACUUUCUCGUUGUUUGUUCGAUUUUUACAUGUAGUUCAACAGAACUUAACUGGACGUACGAUGGAAAUAUUGGUGCAGCACAAUUAUUUCCUGAAGCGUUUGAACGUUUUAGAAAAAAAAUCCCAGAUAAUGAACAAACAAAUUUAUUACAAGCUUACCAUAGACGAUUGACUUCGGAUGAUUUAACAAGGGCAGAAAAAAUAAAAUUUGCUAUAGAAUGGUGUCGAUGGGAGACAAUAAUAUCAACUUUUACUUAUUGUCCCGAAAGUGUUGAUGCUGAUAUUGAAAAAGCGCAACAAUUUGGUGUCUCACUCAAAAAUCCUCAAGAGAAAUCGUCAAUUCCUGGUACAAUUGUUCACGGUAGAUACGAUUGUUGCUGUCCGGUAUCAACAGCCUACCAUCUUUACCAAUCAUGGCCCGAUUCAAAGUUGAUUAUUGUUGCUGAUGCUGGGCAUAGUCAGUCGAAUUCAGCACUACGCCAAGCUAUUGUAGAAGCUAUUGAUCAAUACAAACCGCCUGGUUAA